AUGUCCUGUGGUAUGGAAUAUCCCUCUGGUCAGUUCAGGCUUGUUUCGUCCGGAGCUCCUCUAACGCCACUCGUAGCGCAUGACAAAGCGAAAGCGGCAGAACGCACGCAGCCUCACCAAAUGCCCACACGUGUUAACCCUGGCGGCGCCCCGGUUCCAGCGCCGCCAGCCCCUCACCGCUCCGUCCCCUGCGGGGCUGCCGGGCCGGCGCGGGCGGCCCCCGCGAGGCGCAGGCACGGGCGGCACCGGCUGCCCGCGCGCCCCGGCCCGAGAGCGAGACGCCGAGCCCCGAGCGCGGCCGGCGCCUCGCGGCGCCUCAAGGGCGAGCGCGCGUCACUUCCGGGACACACCCGCCUCCCGCGCCUGCAUCGCGAGACCCCGCCCCGCCUCGCGCGAGACUCGCUGGCUCACCCGGCCGACCGGCCGAGUCCCUUCGGCAAUUUCCGUCACCGCCAGACCCUACCAAUCGGGCGCAGGAGCGCAUCGAUGCGCGCGGGCCCCCCGCGGGGUCCCUGCGGGGCCGAGCCCCGCCUGAGCGAAAGUGGCCGCCGCCGCCGUCCCAGCGCCCGCAGCCGCCGCCUCCUCCUCAGCACCAGCGCGGGCGCCAUCUUGGCGAGGCAGGAGCCGGGAGCGCCCCGCGGCAGGAGACAGGCAACGCCAGCCCCGGCAACGCGGGGCGAGAGGCCGGGUGGAGCAAGCGGGGGAGCGAGCCGGGGAGACACCCCCAGCCCCCCGCCGCCGCCGCCGCGUCGCCGCCGGGCCCGCUACCCAGGUGAGCCACCGCGGCCACUGCGAAGGGCACGCCGGGCCGGGACUACGGGAGGCGGCAGCGGGGGCGCCGGCCGGGCAGGCCGAGGCUUCACCCCCCGCGCCGACCGGCGGCCGCAGCAGCCGGGCCUCUUCUUAAAGAGACAGGCCCCUUCCCCGCCCUGCCCGCCGGAUGCGCCCCGCGGUACCGGCGGCGCGGAGCCGCCGUUCCCCUCCCCCAGUCCCGGUCUAGAGCGGCGGCCGGGCGCCGCCGGGCGCGGGGGGGCUCGGCGGGAGGGUGGGGGGGGCGGGGGCGCCGCCGCGCACCUGCCGGCGCACGUGCGGGCGGUGGCGCGUGCGCGGGCGGGGGGGCGCGGGGGGGCGCGCGGCGAGGGCGGCGGCGCGGCCGGGCCGGGAGCGCCGCGUCACCGGCGGGAGCGCGCGCCCGCCGCCGCCGCCUGCGGGGGCGCGCCUGCGGGAACGCGCCCGCCUCCCCCCCCCAAAGCCCGCUGCCGUCAGAGCGCGGCCUCCGCCCCGCGGCCGGGCCGGGCCGGGCUUGUUUCGUCCGGAGCUCCUCUAACGCCACUCGUAGCGCAUGACAAAGCGAAAGCGGCAGAACGCACGCAGCCUCACCAAAUGCCCACACGUGUUAACCCUGGCGGCGCCCCGGUUCCAGCGCCGCCAGCCCCUCACCGCUCCGUCCCCUGCGGGGCUGCCGGGCCGGCGCGGGCGGCCCCCGCGAGGCGCAGGCACGGGCGGCACCGGCUGCCCGCGCGCCCCGGCCCGAGAGCGAGACGCCGAGCCCCGAGCGCGGCCGGCGCCUCGCGGCGCCUCAAGGGCGAGCGCGCGUCACUUCCGGGACACACCCGCCUCCCGCGCCUGCAUCGCGAGACCCCGCCCCGCCUCGCGCGAGACUCGCUGGCUCACCCGGCCGACCGGCCGAGUCCCUUCGGCAAUUUCCGUCACCGCCAGACCCUACCAAUCGGGCGCAGGAGCGCAUCGAUGCGCGCGGGCCCCCCGCGGGGUCCCUGCGGGGCCGAGCCCCGCCUGAGCGAAAGUGGCCGCCGCCGCCGUCCCAGCGCCCGCAGCCGCCGCCUCCUCCUCAGCACCAGCGCGGGCGCCAUCUUGGCGAGGCAGGAGCCGGGAGCGCCCCGCGGCAGGAGACAGGCAACGCCAGCCCCGGCAACGCGGGGCGAGAGGCCGGGUGGAGCAAGCGGGGGAGCGAGCCGGGGAGACACCCCCAGCCCCCCGCCGCCGCCGCCGCGUCGCCGCCGGGCCCGCUACCCAGGUGAGCCACCGCGGCCACUGCGAAGGGCACGCCGGGCCGGGACUACGGGAGGCGGCAGCGGGGGCGCCGGCCGGGCAGGCCGAGGCUUCACCCCCCGCGCCGACCGGCGGCCGCAGCAGCCGGGCCUCUUCUUAAAGAGACAGGCCCCUUCCCCGCCCUGCCCGCCGGAUGCGCCCCGCGGUACCGGCGGCGCGGAGCCGCCGUUCCCCUCCCCCAGUCCCGGUCUAGAGCGGCGGCCGGGCGCCGCCGGGCGCGGGGGGGCUCGGCGGGAGGGUGGGGGGGGCGGGGGCGCCGCCGCGCACCUGCCGGCGCACGUGCGGGCGGUGGCGCGUGCGCGGGCGGGGGGGCGCGGGGGGGCGCGCGGCGAGGGCGGCGGCGCGGCCGGGCCGGGAGCGCCGCGUCACCGGCGGGAGCGCGCGCCCGCCGCCGCCGCCUGCGGGGGCGCGCCUGCGGGAACGCGCCCGCCUCCCCCCCCCAAAGCCCGCUGCCGUCAGAGCGCGGCCUCCAGCCCGGAGGGGCGGGGUCCCGGGCCGCCCCGGCGCUCCCGGAAUAGCCACCGGCACCUGCAGGAAGGGGCCCCCUGCCAGACUCGUGGCGUUGUUGAUGGAAAGUGUCUCCCGGGUGGCCGUGGAGCGCAGUUCCGUGCUGUGUUCGCGCUGCUAAAUGCGCACUUCCCGAAAGCUGCGCUCUAA